CCGAACAUCCCUUCUCUGAUCUCUGUGUCUGGAAUCAAAGGAAGAAGAAUCCUAAGAUGGAAAAAGCAUAAAAUCAGCGACAAACUGAUCUUCCAUGAAAGAUACCUUCAAAAAGAUUGCGUUUUCAGUCCGUACACUUCAAAGGACCGAAGACCCACAAAAGCAUUGUUUUAGUUCACCCUACUCUCUCUGUCUCUCUCCUCUUUUAUAGAGAGACAAAGUCCACGAGAUAGGGAGGGAGAGAGAUAGAGAGAGACCCAGAGAUGUUGGAAGUGAGAGAAGGGUCUUGUUGUUUUCCACGAGAGGUGCUCGGUGUGAAUGUGGGUCUUGCUUGUGUUGAUGGCAUUAUUGCGAUUCUUGCAUUCUAUCAGCUAAUAAGGAUUCAUUCAAGGAAUUCACAACUUGGUUGGACUCGACAAAAAGUGUUUCAUCUAUUGAUUGGCUCUUCUAAUACAGGUUACUUCAUCUUUUUCCUAGCUACUAUAAUUGCUGUAUGUAAAAGAUGGCAAUGCUGGUCUCAUUCUUGUGGCUUUAUCUUCAUGGCCUUACCAAAAAUUCUGUCUUUUGCGGCAUUUCUUCUACUUUUAUCCUUCUGGGUUGACCUUCGCCAUCAGGCAGAUGAUGAGGAUUGUGAAGAGGAAGAGUUUAGUUUUCAUGAAGCUUUACUGGAAAUGACAAUAGAUGAUCCAAGUUCAGCACAUGCAGACAGUCUACGAAUAUGUUUACCUUUCCGGUCAGUUCGUGUUGGCAGCCGUCAAAAAAUUGUUAUUUGGGUCACUGCUCUAGUAUUUGUUUUGAUGAUGACAUUUGCUGUGUUAAUGUGGAUUGGGAUGGGAAAUGAUUUUAUUGAUUCACCAUCAUUGGCCACGGUAUAUGUAGAUGCUUUUGCUAUAGCAUUGCUAUUGUUAGGAGCAGCAUUAGCAUGUUAUGGACUUCUAAUUUGCUCAAAAAUGCGAAGAGUAAGAUCUGAGAGAGCUGCAUCAGAAAUGUGGAAGGUUGCUGGUCUGGCUGUUGUCUCUGUUACAUGUUUCAGUCCAAGUGCUUUUGUUGCUCUUUUUACCCAAAUUCCAGUUCUCUAUCACUGCCAGAAGCUUGACUAUAAUGGCCCUGCCACUUCUCUUUUACUGAUUUUAUAUUAUUUUAUAGGUUCAUCAGUACCCUCAGCAUUUAUAUUGUGGAUCAUGAGAGAAUUACCCCCUGCUGUAGUUCCUAAUGCACAUGAAGAAUCAAGAACGAUUGCUUACAUCACUGAUAGUUCUGUAGUAGUACAUAAUCCUCAGCGUUGGACUACUGCAACAAGCUUGCAGAAUCAGGAGAGGAAAUUAAAUUCUUAAUGCAAAGUCUUCUUGAGUAGAUUGGGUUGGGUCUCCAUGCAGUUUGUGGCUUGGAUGCAAAAGUUUUCAUUGGACUUAUUAACACCCUAUUUGAAUUGAUAAAAAUACUCUACUUACUGUAAGUUGAUUAUUGUUCAUGGCUUGCUGCCGAAGAAAAUUCUUGUUCAAUAUAAAUUAGACUGUUUAGGUCCAAGAUGAAAUUUCUGAGUGCCAGUCAUCUGGAAACGUUAUGGUUUUCUGCUUGGAGGACAAACAGGCAUUGUUUUGAUGAUGUUAUGUUAGGGAAUUCCAACCAAUGAGGCCAUCAGUAUUGUUUGACGUUGUAGGUCGUUGAUGUUCCUUGAAUCACGAGUUAGUCGGAAAAUAAAAUAUUUAUUAGGGUAGUAUUCUCUGCAUAACCAGAUAGCUCUUCCCCUGGGGAAGCACAUUAAUCAUCAAACAAAAUAUUCUAAAUAUUGACCAUUUAAACAUUCUUUAUGCUGGAAACUAGUGGCUAACAAGCUUUAUUCAGUUUGUCCUUCACAAGCUUAUAGCCCUCGAAAUAAAAUUCUCUGUGCUAUUUUAUGUUUGUAUUCUUUCACUCAUAAUCAAGAAAGAUGUCUUUGCUGCUCUCUCUGUCUCUCUCAUUUAAGUUGCUUUCUACUAGGAUUUGUGCUUCUGUAGUCGACUAAACCGGUUUACAUGCUUCGGAACUAAGAUAUUUUGUCUUAUUUGUUGGAGGAUGGUA